UCAUAACUGCAUCCAACGGUCUAGAUCCCUCCACCGCUCGUGCUUAUCUCUGUCAUUAGUCUCUUCUUCACUUGACACACUCCUUUCACAGACAUGGCUUAAAGCUUCCACCAUCAUAGGGCAUCGUCUAAACUCUUCAAUUUCAGAAUCUAAUCUCCGUUUGGAAAUGGAAGGAUUUUGAACUCCUUAGUUUACAAGUGCACACUGAAACGUGAAAUUGCAAGUUGUGUUCUUCUCCUUCUUGUUUUUUUUUUUUUUUUGAGUUUCGGUUUGAUGGGUUUCUUCUCUAUUUUUUGCGAUAUGGGUUAUUGGUUUUGAUCAAGACUGACUGUUUUUAUCACAAAAAACACACACCCUUUUUUUUUUUUUCUUCUCGUUCUGUUACUGUUCUCACGCUCAAAGUUCCCAUCUUUCGAGCACUUUUUUUCUUUGUCUCAUCAUCACUGAAAAUUAUACGCAAACAAUGGCUGAUAUCUCCAUCCGAUCAAUGCUCCAAAACGAAGAUUUGAGCAAGUUGAUUCGACAGCAAAGGCUGCAACAAGAAUUCAGUGAUCGAGAGAAAGAACUUAACAUGUAUCGUAGCGGCUCGGCCCCACCUACGGUGGAAGGGUCGCUUAGCUCCAUCGGUGGCUUAUUCAAUCCCUCUUCGUUGGGUGGUAUAGAGAGAAUCAAUGAGAAAGUUGGGUUUUUGAGCGACGAGGAGUUAAUGGCUGAUCCUGAAUACUUAAAUUACUACUAUUCUAAUGCACACUUGAAUCCUAGGCUACCACCUCCUCUCCUUUCCAAGGAGGAUUGGCGAUCAGCGCAGAGAUUGCACAGUGGAACUGGAAACUCUGUGGUGGGAGGAAUUGGAGACAUGGGGAAGGGGGCCAGAGUUGAUGGUGGGAAUAGGAAUAGGUCUCUUUUCUCUGUGCAGCCAGGGUUCGGAGGGAAAAAGGAGGAGAAUGUUAGAGGGCUGGAGUGGGGGAAGAAUGGGUUUAUUGGGCUGCAGAGGCAGAGGAGCAUUCCGGAGAUGAUGCAGGAAGAUAUGAGUCGUGAAACCUCUAUUUCGAGGCACCCUUCACGUCCAACUAGCUGCAAUGCAUUUGACAAUGGUAUUCGAACUUCUGAAGACCAGUUUGCUUACACGCACCUUGAUUGGGCUCCUAUUAACAAUUUGAAUUCAGGUUCUUCCUUGUUGAGGAGCGCAGCACCAGACUCUCAUCUUGUAGCUAGGGCUCCUAGUCCUCUCAUUCCACUGGUUGGUGGAAGGAGGCUUGCCUCUAUUGACAAAAGAAACGUCAGUGGUUCAAACUCGUUCAAUGGUGUCUCGGCAAGUUUGAGCGAAUCCGCUGAUCUGGUAGCUGCUUUGGCUGAGUUGAAUUUAUCAACAAAUGGUGUGGUUGAUGAAGAGAGCUUUUCACGGUCACAACCCCAACAGGAAUCUGAUGAUCGCCACAGCUCAUCGCUAAAAGCCAUGAAUUUUCAUAACGUGAAUUCCCGAUUUCCAGACUAUGGACUGAGUGGAUAUGGUAUGAAUCUUAUGUCACCAUCAAUAACAGGGAACCAGCUUGGGAACAGUAAUUUUCCACCUUUGUUUGAAAAUGUUGUUGCUGCAUCUGCUGUUGGAGGAACUAGCUUGGACUGUACAGCGUUGGGGGGAGGUCUUGCCUUCGGACCUAAUUUAGUAGCUGGGGCAGCAGAAUUGCAGAAUCAUGGAAUUGGUAACCAAAAUGCAGGGACUGUACUUCAGUCAUCCCCUAUUGACCCAUUAUAUGUGCAGUAUCUAAGGUCAAAUGACUAUGCUGCUGCACAGUUUGCUGCUCUUAAUAGCCAUGCAAUUGGUCACGAGUAUGGUGGUAAUUAUGCAGAUCUGCUUGAAUUGCAGAAAACAAACCUUGGAGCUUUGCUUUCACCUCCAAAGAACUAUAAUUACUAUGGGAAUCCAGCAUUUGGUCUUGGCAUGUCAUAUCCUGGAAGCCCUAUGGGCCCCCUUCUUCAAAACUCCCCUAUUGGAUUGGGUAGUACCGUCAGGUAUGGCGAUCGCAACAUGCAGUUUUCUUCUGGAAUGAGGAAUAUAUCUGGGGGUACGUUGGGGUCUUGGCACUCGGAAGCUAGUUCUAACUUGGGUGGAAAUUUUGCAUCUUCUUUAUUGGAUGAAUUUAAAAGCAAUAAAAGUAAAUGUAUUGAGCUGUCAGAAAUUGCUGGUCAUGUUGUUGAGUUCAGUGCUGAUCAAUAUGGGAGUAGAUUUAUUCAACAGAAACUUGAGACAGCCACAACAGAAGAGAAGAACAUGGUUUUCCAUGAAAUCAUGCCCCAAGCCCUCUCACUAAUGACUGAUGUGUUUGGUAACUAUGUUAUCCAAAAGUUUUUUGAGCAUGGAAGUACCUCUCAAAUCAGUGAAUUAGCUGACCAGCUCACUGGGCAUGUGCUGACCCUGAGCCUUCAAAUGUAUGGUUGUCGAGUGAUCCAGAAGGCUAUAGAAGUUGUUAGUCUGGAUCAACAGACUAAAAUGGUAGCUGAACUUGAUGGACAUAUUAUACGCUGUGUUCGUGAUCAGAAUGGUAACCAUGUCAUCCAGAAGUGUAUUGAAUGUGUACCAGAAGAAGCUAUCCAAUUUAUUGUUUCAAAAUUUUAUGAUCAAGUUGUUAUGCUAUCUACUCAUCCAUAUGGUUGUCGUGUGAUACAGAGAGUCCUUGAGCACUGCCAUGAUGCGACAACCCAGAAAAUAAUGAUGGAUGAGAUCUUGCUAUAUGUCUGUAUGUUGGCUCAAGACCAGUUCGGGAAUUAUGUUGUACAGCAUGUACUUGAGCAUGGGAAACCGCAUGAACGCUCGGUUAUAAUUAAUAAAUUAACAGGCCAGAUUGUUCAAAUGAGCCAGCAGAAGUUUGCCUCCAACGUUAUAGAAAAAUGCUUAACCUUUGGAACUCCUUCAGAACGCCAGAUCCUGGUGAAUGAAAUGCUAGGUUCCACUGACGAAAAUGAACCUCUUCAGGUGAUGAUGAAAGAUCAGUUUGCAAACUAUGUUGUACAGAAAAUGCUGGAAACUUGUGAUGACCAGCAACUUGAAUUAAUCCUCAAUCGAAUAAAGGUGCACUUAAAUGCUCUGAAAAAGUAUACUUAUGGGAAACAUAUAGUUGCCCGUGUAGAGAAACUUGUUGCAGCCGGAGAAAGAAGGAUUGGCCUUCUAACUCUACAUCCAGCUUAGAUGCCAGUAGACAUUCUUGUACAGCUAACCAAGGACGACAAAAGCACCUCGAUCUCUGUUUCUUUUCAUGUCUAGUUCCGGCUCUGUCUAUCUAUCUGAACAAGAGCUGAUGGGAAAAUAAGAGUAUAAAAACUUUUUUCUUCUUGUACUUGAAAAGUGUACAUUGUUAGUUUGAGGAUAUAUCAGGUUAGCUGCGAGCGUGCUGAUGCCCUUGCGAAGGAGAAAAGGUUAGUAUACAAGAUAUUAAAAAAGAAAAGGUUGUGGAGGUAGUACAUCUACAUCUCUAAUAAUAUAGCGACUGUACAAAUGUUAAAUGAGGUGGAAAGAGGCUUCAUGUUUUGGAGUAUAAUUAAUUUUUCAUUAUGUUAUGGAUUGAUUAAUCGCGGCCGCCUUCUAAUCGCGAUAACUUUGUCUUGAUUAAUAUUUUUGACAUGCAGCAUUGGACGAUUC